AUGGGAAUGGAGAUGUUUUUAUGCAGAGGACGUCUGUUAAAUCUAAGGAGAACCAUGGCCGCGUUGCAAUCCUACUGCUCAACAGUGACAUGUGGCAGGCAAACUGUUAAUGGAGUGGAUCUUUACUAUGAGAAGACAGGCACAGGAAAACACGCAGUGGUGUUGCUUCCAGGUGCUCUAGGAAACACUAAGACAGAUUUUCAACCACAGCUUAAGUCUUUGAACAAGGAGCUUUUUACUGUGGUGGGCUGGGAUCCACGUGGUUAUGGGCAAUCGCGCCCUCCAGACCGAGACUUUCCCCUCAACUUCUUUGAAAGGGAUGCAAGGGAUGUUGUGGAUCUAAUGAGGACAUUGGGGUUCGUCAAGUUCUCUCUGCUGGGGUGGAGUGAUGGUGGGAUAACAGCCCUCAUUGCUGCUGCCAAGAACCCUGGCUUAAUCAACAAGAUGGUUGUAUGGGGAUCCAAUGCAUUUGUAUCGCAAGAAGACCUCGAUAUUUACAAUUCGGUCUGUGAUGUGUCCAAAUGGAGUGCAAGAAUGAGGGCCCCGAUGGAGGAGGUGUAUGGGGCAGAUGUCUUUGCAAAAACAUGGGAAGCCUGGGUGAAUGGGAUCGGACAGUUUGCCCAUAUACCUAAAGGAAACAUCUGCAUUGACCUUCUUCCUUUAAUCAAAUGUCCAACACUGAUCAUUCAUGGAGAGAAAGAUCCCAUGGUGCCUAGCUGUCACCCAUACUUCCUCCUCAAACAUAUCCAGGGAUCACGAUUACAUCUGAUGCCAGAGGGAAAACACAAUGUCCAUCUCAGGUUUCCUGAAGAAUUCAACAAACUUGUGGAAGAUUUUCUGGAAGAGGGGCAGAAUAAUAAAUAA